AAAAAAUAUCAGAUAUUAUAUUUCUUUCUCAAAAAAAAAAAACCCUAUAUUUUCUUUUUAUGAUUUUUAUUUUGUUAUGUAAUUAAAAAAAAAAAUGUUUCGAAUAUCUAGAAUAUUAAAAAUUUUAUUUUCAUUAUUUUCAUUUAAAUUUAUAUUAACUUUAUGGAUUAUAAUAAACAUUUUAAAUAAAGUUCAAUCCCAAUUUACGCUUAAAAGAAGGUUUACACAUAAUGCUCAUUUAAUUGAUAAUAAAUUAUGGUUUUUCGGUGGGGGGACUAUGAUAAAUGGAAUACUUUCUCCAACUGGAGAUGUAUUUUAUAUAGAUUUAACAAAACCAUUUGAUACGACUAAUGUUCCAUAUGUAGCAAAAGCGGCAAGUCCAUUUUCAUGUGCGUGGUGUCUAAGUGCUAUUGGGGGAGUUAAUCAAUCAAAAAUAUUUUUCUUUGCAGGACUGAUGGUUAGACAAGAUUUACCUAAUGUUUUAACGACUUCAAUGAUAUAUUCUUUUGAUAUUAAGACUCAAACGUGGUCACCAGCACCGGCAAUGAAAGGAAUGGCAUAUACUAGACGUAGAGAAUUACAGCCUGUUACUGAUAAAGAUGGAAAAAUUUAUAUGUUUGGUGGUGGAUCUGAUAUGUUGUUGGGCUUUCAAACUAUUCAAGUCUAUAAUACUAUGAGUAUUUUAAAUUCUGUUGAUAACACUUGGACUGCGGGGCCUCUAAUUAAUCCUCCUUUGUCUAAAAUUGACUAUACUGCUACUUUAUUACCAAAUGGAGAUAUUGUCUAUAUCGGUGGUUCGCAAACUGACGUGAAUGCAAUUCAUUUUGAUGUCAUUAGUAUGAAUAAGAUUGAUAUAUACGAUACAAUUGGAAAUACUUGGUCAACAAUGACAGCAACCGGGGAAACGAUUACAGAAAGAACGGGUCAUACAGCUGUAUUAAAUAAAAAAGGAGAAAUAAUAAUUUUUGGAGGAGUGUAUGCGCCAACUUUAGUCGCAUCUCAACCACAAAUUGCUGUAUUGGAUACUUCAGUUAAUCCUUUUCGUUGGUCCAUUCCUAUUGUAAAUUCUAAAGAAAUUAAUCCACCACCUCUCAUAUUUCAUACCGCAAAUCUUGUCGAAAAUUAUAUGAUUGUUGCUUUCGGAAAUAUAACCAGAAGCAAUGCAAAUGAGGGACAAAGCGAUCAAUUAUACGUUUUAGAUAUAAAUACUUUCACAUGGGUUAAAAAUUAUAAUCCGCUUAAUAAUUCGAUCCCCUUUCAAGAACCACAAUCAAGCAAAUCUUUGGAUAAAACGAUGAUCAUUAUAAUAGUAGUUAUAGUGGUUGUUAUUUUUAUCGGUGUUGCAAUUGGCGUAAUAAUUUAUCGUCGUAAAAUUAAACAAUUAGAUGAUAAAUUAACGGUAUAUCAACCUUACAUUGUGGAUCAGCAAGUUCCCGCAUCUCAAAUAGACUCUGAGAGUAUUUACACAUCAAGUAGUAAUGUUCCAGUGACAUCAAAAGAUAUUAAUCAAUUUAAUAGAGAUAUCAAGCAACUACCAAGUAUACCAAGUAAUUCAAGUGGGAUUUCAUCUGUUAAUCAUAAUUAUGCUAGUGCUAAUAUAACACAUGGUGCUAAUGAUACUAAUCACUAUGUCAGUAAUGAUACAGUACGUCAAUAUGUGGAUAAUAAUAAUAAUAAUCUGGCUCACCAAUAUGCUAGUAACAAUAAUAUAACACGUCAAUCUUUGGGUAAUAAAAACAAUGUGGCUCAUCAGUAUGCUAGUAAUAAUAAUACGAUACGCCAAAGUGUGGGCGGUAAUAAUAACAAUGUGGCCCAUCAGUAUGCUAGUAAUAAUAAUACAAUACGUCAAAGUGUGGGAGGUAAUAAUAACAAUGUGGCUCAUCAGUAUGCUAGUAAUAAUAAUACAACACGUCGAAGUGUGGGCGGUAAUAAUAACAUGGCACAUCAAUAUGCUAAUAAUAAUAAUAACACGACACGCCAAUAUGCUGGUAAUAAUAAUACAGCACAUUAUAAUACUGAUACUAAUAUAGCACCGUCUCAUGAAAGGUUUAAUUUACCUCCUGAUCAACCUUAUCGUGUUGUUAUGAUGAACACUGAAUCUGGUGAAAUGUAUAUCCCACCAAAUGCACAAACCACUUCCAAUUAUAAUAAUUUAAAUAGAUUUUCACAACAAUAAAAAUAAGGAACGAAUUUGGGUCGAGAGGAUUAAAAAUAUGUUAUAUAGAGUAAUUAUAUAUUAGUCGAUUGUAUUAUAUGAACUAUUUGUAUUUUAUUGUUUAUAUGUAAAUUAAGUGUACGACUCCCGUAAAUUAGCUAAUUUAUUUAUUUGUAUUAUUAAUUUAAAUUGAACAAUAAAAAGAAAAAUAUUUAAAUUCCUUUAGUUUUUUUUUGUUUAACUAAGCAGAGAGAGCAUUUAAAUCAAUUAUUAUAAAGAAUUAUUUCAUUAUUUCCCUAUACUAAGUAAUCACCACUAUUAAAACAUUUUACAUUCUUCAGUCGCCAAUGAAAUUUUUCAUUCCAGUCUUAAU